UUAAAAAAUGUAUUUAUAAUGAUUUUUAAUAUUAUUUUGAGUUGGAUUCAUCAAAAAAAAGCUGUGAUGAUAAAUUUGAAAAAUAUGAAAGUCGACGAAACACUCCAUCAAUUAGGAGCAUCAGUAGACUAUCAGCGAGAAUUUAAUUACUCGAUAAAAAUUUUAAUAUGCUGGAUAAUAAACGUAGCGUUGCUAAAUGGAAAUAGAGUUGCCUGGUUCGCUGAAGAUAUUUCGACUACAAUGUUUCGAAAAAUUAUCGUAAUAACAAUACUUCAACAUUCUUAUCACAUGAAUUUGUUAGUUGAUUCGAUUUUUUGUUUAUCGAUAAAACAUAUGAAAUUACGUUUUGAAAGUAUGAAUAAGAUAUUACUAAAUAUUGUAAGUUUACAAGAUAAUUUUGGAACACGAAUAGCGGCAGGUAUUUUGUUGAACGAUAGUUCUGUUCGAAAGAGAAAAAAUAAUAAUGAUAAAUGGGCGAUAUCUCGAAAAUUUUCAACGGCUAAGGAUGUAAUCAAAACUUUUCGAACUAUCAAAGGCAUUCAUUUAAAAACGGGAAUAUUGUGCCGCGAAUUUACUAAAAUAUACAGUAUCCAAAUAAUAUUAACCAUGAUUUCAUCUUUUGCUAUUAUCACAUACAUGCUUUUCUACAUAUAUCUAAUUUCCAAAUCCACCGAAAUGAAAAAUUAUGAUAAGACGGUACAAAUAAUUGGUACCGUAAUUUUUUUUGCCGUCAAUAGUCUAAAGCUCAUAUUUAUGAAUAUCAUUUGUGCAGAAACCGUUGUUGAGGUAUUUUUUAAUUAAUUUAUAAUUAUCACACUGUAAAAAAUCGGGAGUGAAUCCGGAGUAAAUUCGGAUUUAAUUUCAAUCCGAAUUCAUUCCGCCACUCGGAGUUCCAGAGUUUAAAAAAAAAAUCACUCCGCAUGCGGAGUGAAUUGGGAGUUUAUUUUUAGCGGAGUGAUUUCGGAGUG